AUCUGAUGGUAGACGGGCAGGAGGGGUGGCUGUUUACGUAACGUCUGCUAUCCCAAUCAAACGUAGGAAUGACUUAGAAUCAUCUGAUUUUGAAUUGUUAUGGAUAGAGUUAAAAAUUGGCUCGAAUAACUUGUUUUGUGGAAUAUGUUAUAGACCACCAGGUGGUGUUUCUGAUGCUAAUACUUGUUUCUUACAAAAUUUGCAAACUUGUCUGGAUAAAAUCAAUACUAAACCUGACUCACUUGUAAUUUUAAUCGGUGAUUUUAAUGCUCAUUAUGACCCUUCGAAUAUGUCUGAUUCAAGUGAUUUUGGAUGCCUUUUGUAUCGAUGGAUGCAGUGCAAUAAUUUAUUUCAAGUAAUCAAUGAACCGACACGAAUUACACAAAAUGGUGCUACUAUUUUAGAUCUUGUCAUAACCAACUGCCCAGGAUUUUUUGUUCAAAGUGGAACUUUGAGUCCCCCAGCCAAUUGCGAUCAUUCUUUGAUUUUUGCCAAAAUGUGCAUAUCGUUCUCAAAGCAGAAGUGCUAUAAACGCCUUAUUUGGAAUUUUCAUAAUGUUAAUGAAACUGCUUUGUGUAAUUCUUUAUUAGCGGUAGACUGGGAAAGUCUGAAAGAUGAAGAUAUAAAUAUUGCCUAUGAAAAAUGGUAUAGUCGUUUUCGAGGUAUAAUUGAGUCACAUAUUCCUCAUAAAACUGUCACAAUACGUCCUCGUGAUAAACCGUGGAUGAAUGCAAAUGUUAGGCGAGAAAUUCGUAAGAGAAACAGAUUACUGAAAAUUCAUUGUAAAACGAGAUCCACAGUUUCCUGGGAAAAAUACAGGCGGCAAAGAAAUUAUACAACAACUCUCAUUCGUUCAAAUAAAAAAAUGUACAAUAAAAAGCUGAACGCCAGACUUCAAGAUCCUUUAAUUAGUAGUAAAAACUGGUGGGGUAUCGUAAAGUCUCUUUAUGGGGCAAAGAUUCAAACGUCAAUCCCAACCCUAGUUGAUGGUGUAAAAGUUAUUAGUGAUGCUAAAGAAAAGGCCGAACUCUUUAAUGAAUAUUUUUGCACUCAGUGUAAUGUGGAUGAUAGUUGUGCUUCUCUCCCAACUAAUAACGUCCGAGCUACUGUUACUCUAUCACUUAUCCAAACAUCAGAAGAAGAGGUCAAUAAUCUCUUGAAAAAUGUGGAUGCUGGUAAAGCUUGUGGCUUUGAUGGUAUUGGGAACAACAUAUUAAAGUUAUGUGCUAACGGUAUAUCUAAUUCAUUUACUAGCUUUGUUAAUUUUUCUUUCUCAUCUGGAAAAUAUCCAGACAAAUGGAAACUAGCAAAUGUUAUCCCAAUUUUUAAAAAGGAUGAUCGUCAGUCGAAGCUCAACUAUCGUCCGAUUUCUUUACUAGUCUCUUUGUCCAAAAUUGUUGAAAAAAUUGCAUAUAUUCGAUUAUAUAAUUUUCUACUAGAAAUUGGUUUUCUAAACCCACUGCAGUCCGGUUUUCGACCGGGUGAUUCCACUGUGAAUCAAUUAAUGUACAUUGUGCAUACGAUUUAUCACGCACUUGAACAAGGGAAAGAAGUUCGGAUGGUAUUUCUCGACAUCAGCAAAGCUUUUGAUAAAGUAUGGCACAAAGGGCUUUUAUACAAACUUGAAGUAAUUGGUAUUCAGGAUCCACUGUUAUGUUGGCUUAAAAGUUAUUUAUCAAAUCGAAAACAACGAGUUGUGAUUGAAGGCCAGUCUUCUAAGUGGGAAAGUAUAAAAGCGGGUGUUCCCCAGGGUUCUGUCCUUGGCCCUUUGCUAUUUUUGAUAUAUAUCAAUGACAUAACUAAAAAUCUUCAGUCAGAUUGUUUUUUGUAUGCGGAUGACACGUCAAUCCUUGAUAUUGUUGAUGUACCUAAUAUGUCCUCGAUAAAGUUGAAUAAUGUCUUACUUCAAUUAAGGAUUGGGCAUCCCAAUGGUUAGUUACAAUUAACCCAACUAAGACCGAAUCGAUUAUUUUUUCAACCAAAAGGAUUAAGCCAUAUCAUCCUGAUUUAUUUUAUGAAGGUAAAAAAAUUGCUAUGGUUUCACAGCAUACCCACUUCGGCGUCACACUAUCUAGUACUUUGUCAUGGAAAGCUCAUAUUUUGAAAGUAUAUGAAAAGGCAUGCCAGAGGUUAAAUAUGCUUAAAGGAUUAAAGUAUAAAUUAAAUAGGGAAACUUUAAACACAUUAGGGAGCAGUCAUUAUUAAUGCCAGGGGGGGGGGCGGAAGAUAUUUCUAAAUUCAUGGUAAAUUUUUCAUGGCCCCUCAUUCCUUCAAAAUAUUUUUUCAUGCCCCCCCCUUUAAAUAUAAUAAAUUUUCAUAGCCCCCCCCCCCUCCUUCCCCUAUGAUUGAACUUGCAUUCCAAACAUAUACUAAGAUCACAGGCGGCCCAAUCUCGCAAGCGACAUCUUGGGCUACUGUGGUGCUUGAUUUUCGAUGGCUGGGGAGCGGGAAAUGAAAACAGCAAGUCCAAUAUGGCGGGGAAAUUUAUCUUUAUCUUGUAUAAAAACCACAUGGACGAAUUCAAUUGAACUAAAUUUUGGCACAGGAAUGAGUUUAAAAAACAUAGUAUGACAAAAAGGGCCUGUGGAGAAUACCUGGAAACAGUUUUAAGAAAUAAUCUCGACGAGAUGCAGCGAAACGUAACUAUGUAAGUCUGUAUAAAUACAAUUUAAUAAUUUAAUAAUUUCAUAUGUUAUUUGAGUUUGAAUCAUUUGUCCAUAUAGUUUAAAUUAUGUGCCUUUAUGAGUUUAUGAUCAUUUCCCAAGGUUUUUUAUGCCAAAUUGUUUACAAAAGAAUUAAAAACUCUUGACAAAAUGAAGUUGAAUUUUAUUGAAUUUCAUCAUGCUAUGAAUAAAAUAAAUAAUCACUCGGGCAAGUCGUGCAAUUAAUUAACAGCUUGUGCAAUUUUGGCGCAUUUUUCCAAUAUUACUCGUAGUGUUAAUAUAAUUAAUUGCACUCCUUCCUGUGUGAUUACCUAUACUUAUAUUGCAUUGACAUUUAUAUUACAGUGAACUAUAAUUGCUGAUGUUUUAUGAUUAUUGUACAUUAGUAUAAUUACAUAGGUGAUUAUUGAAAAUUCUCCACGCUGAUUGGUUACCGUUGAGGUGAUUAUUACGCGAUAAUCACCUAAGCGAUUUUCAAAAUGGCGGCCGAAGCCGUUUUGUCAAUUGAAAGACGAAGAAAUGUGCAUUUUUAAAUUUUUUUUCAAAUAAUCACCUAUGAAAUUAUCCUGAAACAAUUAUUCACCUCAGGCUCGGUGAUUAUCGUGAAUAAAAACAUCGACUUCGUCUCGGUUUUAUUCACCGAUAAUCACCUCGCCUUUGGCGAAUAAUUGUUAAUUAUUUUUGGUGGCCCCCCCUACUUUUCUUUGAUAUUUUUGGUAGCCCCCCCUAACUGGUUGAUAAAUUUUUGGUGGCCCCCCCAAAUAUCUCCCCCCCCCCGGCAUUAAUAAUGACUGCUCCCUUAUAUAAAUCUCUUGUUCGUCCCGUGAUGGAAUAUGCUGAUGUAUUGUGGGACGGUUGCAUGGACGGUGAGAGCGAUCUUCUCGAAUUUGUCCAAUAUGAAUCUGCUAAAAUCGUAACGGGUGCCAUGAAGGGCACCAGUAGAAAAAGUUUAAUGAAAGAAACAGGCUGGGAAGAUAUGAAGCUUAGACGUUGUAUACAUAAAUUAAUUUUUUAUUUUAAGAUCGUUAACAAUCUUGUUCCAAAUUAUUUAAAAGAAUUAUUACCUUCUCAGGUGCUCGAGCGAACUCAUUAUUCUGUGAGAUCGCAAUCUGAUUUUACAUUGUUUCCAGUGCGCACUGAGCGUUUUAAAAAGUCUUUCUUUCCAUCUGCUACCAAACUGUGGAAUGGGCUAGAUACAUCUGUACGUAAUCUUCCGUCAAUUUCUCGUUUCAAAAAAGUUUUGUUAGAACUUUUCAAUCUUCAACCAAGUCCAACCCUAUUUAAUUAUUCUCUUGAUAGAUAUUCAUCUAUCAUUCAUACUCGAAUACGUUUGGACGCUUGUGCAUUAAAUUAUUAUUUAUUUAAAAUUGGUAGUAAAUUAUCUCCUAAAUGUACUUGUGGUUUUGAAAUUGAAACAAUUAAUCAUUAUUUUUUAUAUUGUCCGAUUUUUGCUGCUCAAAGAUUGAAGCUGCUCACCUCUGCUGCUCGCAUUUUUGCUGAUAGAUGGCUUGCACUGUCCAAUUCACAAAUAAUAAAGCUUUUUUUGUUUGGAUCCUCAUUACUUUCUGAGGAUGAAAAUUUUCAAAUCUUUUACCACGUCCAAAAUUUUAUAAAAGAAACAAAACGUUUCCAUACUCAGGAGAUUUAAAUGUUUUUGCAGUUCAUCUUUCAGUAUUUCCUUGUGUGUUAUUCUUCUACAUAGCUACUGAUUGUAUUAUUGUCUAAUUGAUUUGUGUGUGUGUGUGUGAUUUGUAAGUAUGUAAAUGUGAAGUGAGCCCCCUAGAUGAGCAACCAGUAGCUCUUGGGGCAAACUUCCUUUUUGAAUUAAAUAUUUAUUAAACAAAAAAAAAAAAAAAUAUGACACAAAGGCCAUAGAGCAAUAUCUAACUACAGACGGUACCGUUUCGGCCUUUUGGGCCUCAUCAGUGUAGUGCUGAUGAGCAGGAUGAAAGUAACCAUUAUAAAUAGUUACCUUUAUAUAUAUAUAUAUAUAUAUAUUAGAGUUACGUAUAUUGCUCAAUUUGUAUAUACAAUUACAGGGUGUAUUACGUGUAUAAAAAAGGUAAUGCAACUUUGGCAUGUUAUCGUGUAUUAUGUUUAUCCAUUUACUUUUUUCAUACCGAUAAAAAUCGGGCUUUUAGCUAUCAAAUUCUAAUGGCCAGGUAUUUAGUCAAACACGAUUCGACUUAAAAAUACCUGUCAAAAUCGCAUUUUCCACCAAGCGUUCCUCUUUUGAGUUUCUAAAUCGAUUGCAAUUUUCCAACCUCAUUCCCAGGGCCUUUUUUGAAAAGGCCCUGGGAACGAGGUUGGCAAUUUUCCUCAUUACGUUUGCAAUUUAGAAAACUCCCUUGCAAAUCCCUUGACGGAAUUUGCAAUGUUGCUAAAAGCUGAUAAAAUUUUCCUCAGUACAAGUUCCUAACUUCCUGUUCUGUUCUGUGCGUUGCAAUUGACUAACAAAAAUAAUCCACCGAUUACAACGCUCAAAACAGAACAGGAAGUCAGGAAAUUAAAACAGGAAGUUAGGAAAAUUUAAAAUGAAGUUUUUGCAUUGGAAUAUUGCAACAGCCGAUAGGAACAUUGCAAAUUCCCUAAAGAGAUUUCCAAAGCGUUUUUCAAUUUUGCAAAGCUAAAAGAAAAAUUCCAAAUGAGUUAGGAAGUCAAAAGAGGAACGCUUCACGUAGUUUACCUGUAAGUUUUGAUAAACAUUUACUCGCAAUUUUACAUCGAAAUUGAGUGGCUAAAACACUUUACAACAUGCACUGCAAACUUGCAGACUGGAUACACAGUGACAUACGUUUCCCAAAUGGCAAAUGGGGACAAACAUUUUGGCAAAUGUUUGAAAAUUGAAAGAAUAUUUAAAUCCCAAUGAAUGGUGGGAAAAUGCGUAUUCAAAUACAAAUCAAUUUUUUAAAUCAGAUCGCAUUUGGUCAUUUUUUAUCGCUAUGAUUUCACAAAGAUGAGUUUGACAGCUAGAAGCCUGAUCCUUAAAAUACGAAAAACCUAUAUUGACGUACUAGUUAACGCACGUUAUAGCACGAUUGGCUCUUUUUUGUUGAUGUAAUUUUGGAAGGAAAUUUUAUCAUUGGUGUAUAUAUAAAGCACCUGCACGUUAUCACAUGCAUGCAUAUAAUAUAUAGUCACACAUUUGUGGGCAGUUUGCGUACGGAAUAUUGAUCGAACACCAUUUAAAACUGGAUUAUUGCUGCUCGUGUAAAUUGAAAAGAAAAACUUUGUAACUGAAAAAUCUUAAUUCCACUAUAUGACUAUGAAAUAUGGAAUCUUGUUCAAAAAUAUGGAUUAUCUUUUUUAUCUUCUUCGCUAACAUUGUUUCGCACCUGUUUUCAUGCUGGGAAAGUUCGCUUGAGGAACGGAGUGACAUAUCCAAUUCUUCUAGUACACCUGGAAUUAGCAAAAUAGAAAUAAUAAAAAAGAAACACAAACCGAAAGGGAACCAUAAUAAAAAACAGCAAAAGUUUUCUAAUAACGAGACGUGUUUCCUAAAACGUUACUCUAAUGAUUUUAAAACUAGCUGGUGUCGUAUUCAUCAAGCUAAAUUGGACUGGAAGAAAUAUUUAGCACCUUGUGCUAGACACACAAAAUGGGGGAUCAAAAAUGCUGGAUGGAAGAACAAAAAGUUGAAAACUUGUGCGGCGAAUAGUUUUAUUUCAAAAUGGGAUAUUCGACCUGCUGGAGAAUUCAGUAAGUUUUUUAUUCAAUCUAAAACAUCAAGUAAUCAUACUAAGAAUAUUGGUGGGGAUUCUUGGCGUAUCCAUAUUAAAGGAACAUCUUCAGUUAGUGCUACAGUAUUUGAUCACAAUAACGGUGUUUAUGAAGUGAUUUUUCUCUUGAUGGAAGCAGGACUUUAUCAAAUAGAAAUCAACCUAGAUUACACUUUGUGUGAUGGCUUCAAGGAUCCACCUGUUGAUUGGUACAAGAAAGGUAGUUUUAUAAUUUUAUAUAUAACCGUCUUUAUCUUAUCCUCCUCCUAUCACGCAUUUAUAUAAUCAUAUGAUCCCGGUAGACCUGGAAGCUCGCCAAAGAUGCCAAUGCAGCCACUCUAUGCUCCUACAGUAUCUCGCUGGAGGAGCGCCUCCAUGCAACCAGCAGGUACCCAGGACUUCUCCCUUUACAGCCAUUGGACUUGGGCUAUCUUUUGACAUCUUGGAAAUGGAAAUGGGAACGGGAAAUGACUAUUUUGCCUAUAAAGCUUCGUGCGGGGAAAAAGCAUUCAUAUAAUGCUGCAUUUAAGACUGGGAGAAUUAAAUAUUCUGUAAUAAUAUCAACACUGUUUCCGUUGUUAAAAGCUUAAAAGUAUGUUCGUCACCUACGUUCUGUCGGAUUUCCUCGGUAAAAAACAUCGCCACAAUGUGAUUGUAUUGAGGCUAGUCUGCAUGCGUGCAACCUCAACUCGAAUUGCAGGCUAUGUUGAUAUACCUGGUCGCUGAUGCAAGGUUUGUCUAUUUUCAACGCAGGGAAUUUCUACAUAUCAGAGAAAUAUUGACUUGAAACAGCCAAUAAAUUAAUUUUUAUUUUAUUUUUUCGAAGGGACAUUAGUCCUCGAACGAGUCAUGUUUGCGCGAUAACUUUCCAAGUUUGUGCCUAUAGGGGCGAAAUCAGCGCUAUCAACUUUGGUUUGACUUUGUUAUUAGUCGUAACCAUAUAUGCACAUUAAAGCCGUAUUUUCUGCACAUUUUACGACUCGCCGCAUAUAUACCUAUAGCGAGGUCGUGUGUGGUGUAUAUUGUAUAAUUAUACAUAUUAGGUGUUAAAAUUAGAUUUUAAUAAUUUGAAUUUGAUUUAUGCUGGAAAAAGCGGGUACGACCUCCGUUGUGACUUGUUUAUUCUGAUUGAAACAUUCAUUGAUGAUUUAAAUUAACCCACGAUUAAAAUGAAACGUUGCAUGCUAAUCGAUGACUUGUUUGUUGAUAGGCCUACAAUGUCAAUGACAAUGACUGACAAUGCGUCUCGUAAUCAUGAACGGAACCCAAUAAUAAUAAUAAUAUUGUUAUCGUAUUCGUUGCAAGAAAAUAAACGUAAAACAUUCUUGGAAAUCAUUUCGUUUCCAAUAUAACUGGCAGUGCUUGCAUGACUAUAUCAGUUACAUGUCAUCUGUAUAACUGCAGGGCCGGAUUAACGCUCCGCGGGGCCCGUAGCAUAUUUUCAGCGCAGGAUCCCUUAAGCCCCCCCCCCUCCCCCAACCGCCCAGCGGCAUUUUAAACACUGAAUUCAGUAAGAUUAAAAAAUAUCCUUUUGUAUUUCAUGCGUUGACAAUUUGCCUGUAUAUUUACAAAAAAAGAAUUAUACAUCAAUAAUUUGAUCGAACUGAAAUUCAACCCAGUUUAUACCAUUAACGUUAUUAUUAUUUACAGGGGAAAAAUAGCUAAACAACAUGAACAAUUGUCAAUAUCCGAGAAUACAUGAUGAAAUGUACUUGUCAUUGAAGUUUCAUUCUGCAGAUGCCUUGGAUACGUCAUGCUUAUUACGCGAUUUUUGAAGAGCAAAAUCGUUAAUUAGCAUAAUUAUAGGCAGCCCAAAAAUGUGUAUAGAAUGCAAACGUCAGUUUAUAAACAAGCUCACCCAAUUCCUCUGUCAGUUGUCGCGCGUCGCAAGCACUCAAUGAAAAGCAUUGUUCAUAUGCGGUAUACGAUCACAUGCAGUGUUUGGAAAUACAGUUUCCAGAUUGCUCUCUAUAAUGAGCAUGUAUAUGCGCAUUUCCAACGACUCCACGUUCAUUCUGAUUUUGGCGUCGUCAUCAUCUUUCGUUAUGACAGCUACGUCAUCAUCAUCAGAGAAUGUGUCGACCAUAGCUUGGGCUGCAGAAUUUGCAGGAACAGUUGAAGGUGUAGUCGCAUCCAAUGAUUUCUUAGCAAAUUCUGUGUUGAGAAAACCAGAAAACUGUACUAAUUCGUCAGACAGACUAGCUUCUAAAUCUGUGGGGUAUAACUUUUGAAGGUUCUUUGCACUUUGGAUCACUUGAUCAACUGGAAAGUCCUUGAGUUCUCGCAGGAAGCCAAACCUUUCAGCAAUGACAGUGUGUGCGCCCAGUCGUUUCCGUAACUCAGCAUCAAGGCUAUCGAUUAUGACCAGAAACAUACCCGUACGGAACGUGUCCACUGGAGUCUGUGGCAAUUCAGGCGCUGAUCCUGGUUCGUCGUAACGGCGAUUUCGUUGACGCACGCGUUUAACUUCUUCCACGAAAUGGUGACAUUAACAGUAAUUAACAGUAAUAAUAUUCAACAGUUUAACCACAAAUAUUUGAAAUUUUCUGACCCCUAUGAUUUUUUGACCUCGCUUUUUGGAGCCCCUUGCCCAAAAACCGAACAAAAAAAGUGGUUUGCGGCCCUGCUUUUGGAGCCUCGCUUUUUAAACUUUGGUGUCUCGCGUUUUCUGGCCUCCUAUUUUAUUUUGGGGCUUCGCUUUUGGGGGCUUCGGACUCUUUGGGGUCCCGUGCUGUUUGGAUUCCGCGCUGAAACAGGGAAAAAAACGUUUAAGGGCCCCGCUCUUUGGGGUCUCGAUUUUUAAAAUUUUGGGCCUGACGUUUCCUGGGGCCUGACGUUUCGGGGCCUUGCGUUUUCUGGGCGACUUGGACUCUUUGGGGCCCCGCACUGUUUGGGCACCGCGCUGAAGCAGGGAACAAAAAAAUCGGGGAAAACUAGAGCGGGGCCCCCAAAACCGCGGGGCCCGCUUAUUAACUAUCUUAAUAAGCGUGGGGCCCCAAAACCGCGGGGCCCGCGGCAUAUGCCGCUUCUGCCAUAUGGUUAAUCCGGCACUGUCCGUAAGGACCAUGGACACAAAUUUUGAGAAUAAAGAUUAAAUAUAUAUAUAUAUAUAUAUACGCACAAAUUAAAAUUCAGUGCCGACCCACUACCAAGUGUUGUCAUUCUCCAUUAAUUCCCAUUCCCCGAUCCCUGUUUUAAAGAUAGCCAUUUGACAUGACCUUACACCGAACAUCGACAACCAUCUGGCGAUCGACAAUGGCGACUUGACAAUUUUACACCACUUUCACUGUCUGACAAACCUUCCUGUACAACCAUUUGAAACUAUACCGCAUAUAUGCGACCCUACAUCCACCAGGAAUUUUUUUUUGCAACCUAAAAACCGCUUAUGCUACCUUUGCCAUCUGACACGACCUAUCAGCACAAGACAACCACCAUGGGCUAUCUGCCAUCAUCUUACACCAUGCAUCUGCACCAUCCCCAGUCGCAACGCCUAUAUAUAUAUGGCAGUAUAUUAUUCGUUUAUCAUCUAAUUAUCUCAAUUAGGCCGCUGUAUUCAAGGAAAGAAACAACCUGAUGGCAUUCUACAAGGAGAUUGUCCUUUUCUCAAGAAACCAUUGGGCAAUGGGAAAUGUAUUUCAAUGAAGAUUCCCGAGCCAAGAUAUCACAAGGAACUACUCAGUAAGUUCAUGUAUGUCGUAGGACAUUGAUUUGCUCCUUUAUCAAGCGUGAAUGAUAUGAAUGGUAGUUGAUAUGAAGGUAAAGAUGUGUCCAUUUUUAGUUAUUGCUGUCCCUUUUCGUGAUGAUGUCUCUUUAGAUCUUGUAUUAAUGGCUCACUUCUUAUCAUCAUAGUUCACCAUAUAAUUUGAAAUAAUUCAUUGUUUUACUAAAUUCUGUAAACAAUCGUGUGCUGGGAAAUUUAUCUUUUAAAUCUAGUUGCAAUGGUCAAGAUUCGAAAGAAUUUCUUUACACGCCCUCGAAAAACUCACGGAAAGCAAAUAAUUUGUGAUUGCCCGAGUUUAAUAUAUGAUGGACUUGGAAGGUGGAUAAAUGGCACAUGGAAACCAUUUUCCCAAGGUAAGGUUAGACAAAAUAUUCCUGUUAGCCGUUUACUUAUUGUUAGAGAUGGCUGUGGAGGAGGUUCACAUUCAGUUAAAUUGAUCAAUGGGAAAUAGUUAACUUAUAAAUGUUUGAAACACCAGCAUUUUCAUCCGAGUUUUACUGGAGACAUGAUUUUAGUCGGUUCAAAAACUGUGUCUGGUUCUGAGAGGUUCAUUAAUAUUUAAUUAAUAAUUGAUGGAGGAGGGGGGACUUUUUUAACUUGUAUGAAUAUUUAUGUGUCGAUAAUUUUUUUAAAUAUAAUCCCUUGCACAAACUAUUUUUUCAACUUAUAAUUUUCCCUAUUGAAAAAAAAAAUUUUUUCAAACUUUCCUGUUGUACGAAUUUUUUUCUUUCUGUUUCACCCUCACUUUUCUAAUAGCCGCCCCUUAGUAUAUUAUAAUGCCAUUUCGGAUUUUAUUUUGGUACCCGCGUCCGCUUAUCAGAGGUGUUCGGGAAGGAAAGUUUUACUGAAUAUAGCAACAUAUAAUAGACGUUUGGCCAGGACCUGUACAUGUCCGCUAACAAAAAGUGUCCUCAAGGAGACGUUUGACUGCGGUAUAUAGUAUAUCACACUUUAAUUUUGUUGGAAAUUUUCUUUAGUCCUAAAGCUGGAGCGUGACCCUCAUAACCACGAAGGAGUAUUAUGGAUAUACGGAGACUCCAUAUCGCAGCGAUUUGCAGGUUUUCUGAAAAAUGGUCCAUACUCUGAGAUAUGCGAAAAGAUAUUCAAUAAGUGCAAAACUACCUACACUUGGGUUUAUAAUCUUGAAAAUGAAUGGCUUGCACUGAAAAAGAUUGAUGGAAAACAUUACAACCAUACGAAAGUAAUGCGAGAAAUUAGUAAGGUAAAUUGCAAUUGAAGUCAGAUUCAAGGCCGUCGGAAGCAAAUCAAUAUUGGGGGGAGGGGGGGAGGGGUUGUCGGCGGCUCAAGAAUGAUCUGAAUAAAUCUGAAUUACUUUUUAUUCGGCUCAGAUUAAAGAAGCUAGAUUAAAUACUCUUCAUUCCAAAUGAAGCGACGUGCAUGCAUUAUAUUAUUAAUCUUUUUUGUAUAUAUAAAUUUUGAUUUGUAUAAGUUAUUAUUGCAUAAAGCUUUGCAAUAAUAAUUAGUAUAAUUACAUAGGUGAUUAUUGAAAAUUCUCCACGCUGAUUGGUUGUCGUUGAGGUGAAUAUAACGCGAUAAUCACCUAAGCGAUUUACCGAUAAUCACCUCGCCUUCGGCGAAUAAUUGUUAUGAAAUAUACUAGUUGUUAUAUAGUUUAUAGUGUCAAAGUUCAAUUUUUCUGUGUGCCGAUUGGUCCAAACCGUAUCAUAUGCCGGUCCACAAAGAGGGGCAUAUGUAUAAAUAAAUGACUAGAAGGGGGGCUUUUAAUUAUUUUCAAGAAAAUGAGGGGGGGGGGGAGUUGCAAUUAAAUUUGAAGGAAUUUGCUUAUUUAGUAAGACUGGUAUCCAUUCGGUUGUAACGAAGGUGUUGUCUUGAAGUGGUUCGGUUCUUACCUCAAAGGUAGAUCACAACGAGUUGCUAUGCAGUUUGAAGCAGUUUCUGAUCACAACGAGUUGCUGUGCAGUUUGGAGCAGUUUCUGAGAAAUUCGAUCUAAGUUGGGGGGUUCCACAGGGCUCAUGUCUUGGACCCUUCCUUUUACCAUCUAUUCUAGUGAACUUUUUAAUGUCAUCAAAAAUCAUCUUCCAAAUGUUCACUGUUUUGCUGAUGAUAGUGAGUUAUACCUCUCCUUCAAUCCUAGUAAGGAGCAUGGAGAUGUGCAAGCUGCCAAGAGCAUGGAAUUGUGUGUGAACGAUAUUAAGAACUGAAUAUCCAAGGAUAAACAGUUUACUGAAUGAAUGAUGACAAGACGGAGUUCCUUAUAAUAGGAACGAGGCAGCAGUUAGAGAAAGUGAAUCUCAACUGUAUAUCGAUCGGCACUGUUGACAUCUCGCCUUCUAAUUCUCCUAUUAAGAGCUUGGGCGUGUGGUUGGAUAGGAAUCUAUCUAUGGAUGCUCAUAUUACACGAACAUGCUCAACUGCCUUCUAUUAUUUGUAUAAUAUUAGAAGGAUUAGACCAUAUCUUUCUAGACAGACCACCGAGAUACUUGUCCAUGUGUUCAUAACCUCCAGGCUUGAUUAUUGUAAUAGCUUGUUCUAUGGUGUACCAUCAUAUCAACUCCAUAAACUUCAACUGAUUCAAAAUGCAGCGGCCCGUCUCAUUUUUAGGGAGAGUAAGUUCUGUCAUAUAACUCCAUUUGACUACGAUUGUUGCAUUGGCUACCGCUUAAACAAAGAAUUCAAUUUAAGAUACUGCUAUUGACUUUUAGAGCUAUUCAUGGUAGCUAUCCACAGUACUUUAUGGAUCUUAUAAAAUAUCACCGUCAAACAACCAACUAGAUACUGUCUACGAUCACAAAAUAGUAUAACACUUAUGCGCCCUAAAGGCAAAUUUUUGGCAACUUUUGGAGACAGAUCGCUUAGUGCAGCUGCGCCUAAAGUAUGGAACAGUUUACCGGCUGAAAUAAGGAACAUUAGAUGUAUUAAAGUGUUUAAAUCAUCAAUUAAAACUUUUCUUUUUAACCAACACUUUUUACACUAGUAUUUAUUAACUACUCAAGAGUUAUUGAAGCCUAAAUAGCGAAUCUUAUGUAAAAUAGGUUAAUUCAUCUUAUCAUAUUGUAACAUCGAUUGUAAUGCGCAAUUGAAAACAAUUCAGUUGAUAUUUGCGUAAUAUAAAUUAAUAAAUUAUUAUUAUUAUUAUGUUGCAACUAAAUCAUGGUCACUGAUGUGAAAUAGUCUGGAUUUAUCUUGUCUUCUGUGUGCUGUAUGCAAAUCAGUCUUUACUAAUUGCAUAGAUAAAUUGACAAUGUAUUAUUACAUCAGCUAUCUUGAUGUGGUUAAAUACAUUUAAGCAAGGUUAAUGGCAGAUGUAUUAUGCAGGUCACAUCCGCUGAGGGGAGUCUGUGAUGUCAUAUCGAUCAAAGGGGGUUGUUUCGCGCCUUGUGAUCAAGUGCUUCGGUCUGGGUAUAUUCAUUCUGCCAUAUUGUAUGCUUUGCCUAGCUGUAACAAGUUUAGCGCUUCGAUACCUUUUCCCCACCCACCCACUCAUGUUUAGUCUAGAAGAUUUUAUCUGGUAGUAUGUCAUUUUGUUUUAUAUAAUUUUUAAUCUCAAAUAAAAUAGGAUGUGUAGACCACUAUACAUUGUAUUUCGUUUCCACUGACUUGUCAGUGUGACUGGUGCUGGAGGUAUGCCUUGGCAAAAUUGCCAUGGCUAUCUCAUUUUGCUGAUAAUAUUACUGAUUGUUGCUCUCAUGCAUGAUCAUCAUUUGUUGCCUGCUAUGGCAAUACUUCGUGCCAUCAUAGACAAUCCAGAAGACAUGGCACAAGCACACAUGGCACAAGCGUCACGCAAGCACAUCACGGAUGGCACCACGGUGAUGGCACGCGCAAGCACGCGCAAAACAUUAGGCGUUUCCAGUCCCUGUCUUCUGGAUUGUCUAUGGUGCCAUCAAGUCUAGUUGCAACCUUGGACCACAAACAGCUCCUGCCUCCAAACACUAAUACUCUGCCGUUAAACAUGAUUUUAGUGUUAUAUAUAAAAAUACUCCUCUUUUAAUUAUAAUUUUCUACUAAUAUAUAUUUUUGGUCGGCGUUAAUAUCUUGUCAGUUCCAUAUUCUUAUUUAAUAAUUAACACUUAAACUCCUUGGGUAUCCCCAUUUGACGAGUAAAAAUGAAAAUGGGGGGGGGGGGGAUCAAAGAAAAAUAUUCUAAUAUGCAGGGGGGUCAUCUUUAAAUUUCUGCUCUUUUAAGGGAGGGGCUUUCAAUUUUAAAAAUUUAGGAAAGAAAAAAUUCCCCUCCCCCUUCCAUAAAUAAUGACCGGUCCCUUAUAUAUACUAUAUAACAAACCACUUAUUUACUGAGACCUCGGGAAAGCAGUGUGUUUUGUAGCCCCUCGACCGCCGUUGUUGCCCUCGGCGAAGGCUUCGCCUCGGGCAGCAACGGCGGUCUCGGGUUCACAAAACACACUGUUUCCCUCGGUCUCAGUAAAUAAGUGAUAAGUGGUGUUUCCACAAACCAAAACUUAUUAUAUUCGCUUAUUUCGCCAUGCGAAACUACAAAGAAUUAUUUAAUCUUUUUUGAUUGAUAAUUAUAUUGUUUCUGCCAAACACUCUUCUGCCAAACAUGUUUAUGGCACCAUGCCUUUUCUAACUAUCUUAAUUAUUCUGGCUGUAUAUACACCAAAAAGGAUUUUAAUUGGUCUAGUUUCGAUUCUAUUCGGUCGUAAGUCAAAAAUUAUCCUACCUCUCACCAUGCAAAUGUUAACGUUUUGUAGGUGUUGGAGGAGAAAAGAUUGGAUAAACACAGUGUCAUUAUGCUCAAUUGGGGCAUUCACUUUGUUUACGCUGUGAACUUUACCAAUUACAAGAAACUCAUCGACGAUUUCCUCAAGACAGUCGAACUGAAAAGAAGUAAAGGUCAAUUUAAGAGUAAAAUUAUUUGGAGGACAACCACGGCCAUUUUCAAAGAACGCAAUUCUCGGCUCCAUAAAGAUUCUGAACGUUUUCUAACAUUUCCAAGAAUUGUUUUAUACAAUGCGUAUGCAAUGUCAGCCAUGUGUAGAGCUGGUGUUGAUGUUAUUGAUGUGUAUCCAAUGACUGACUCAUUCCCACCUGGAACCAUAUCUAAGAAUGAUGCACUACAUUAUG